ACAGCUGCUCGGAGGGACGCGGUGGCGAAAGACUUCCUGUAUAACCGUUUCCAUGGAGACGUGCUAAGUUUGAGAAAGCUGACUGCGUCUUUGUGUACAACGUAGCUUCUCGUACUUUUAUCGUUUCUUUAUUAUCAUUCAUCGCCAUUUUUAUUCUCAUGUACUGUUUUGCGACGUUUUGAACAUGUCGCAAAGGUUGUAUGACCAGCUAUGGGCAGAUGCCCAGUCGGAGCUGAGUCGUCUUUUAGAGGAAGAACUUCCUGCUGAGCCUGUUUCCCCUAACAAAGACCGGGUUGUGUUCUUCCAACAUUUGGCCACUCUUUAUGUGCGUUACAUCCAAGUCUUCAGACAGCUGGAGGUGGUCUACGACCAGAUGGUCCACCCUCAGAAGAGACGAGUUGUUCGGGAGAUUCUGGAUGGUGUGAUGGGGAGGGUUCUGGAGCUGAAGAAUGAAAUGGUGGAGAAGGAGUUUUCAGAAUACCAUUACAUGGAUGACGUCCUGCAUGCCCUGAAGCUCACACCUGUAAGUUUCCUCUUCGAAAGCAGAAUGGAAGUUGAGGUACCAAUCCCUCGCUAUUUUCUAAAUGAGUGCAGCAAGGAAGUUCAGGAAAGAAAAGGAAUGCUGAUGGAAAUCCUGAAGACGGUGGAAGUCUCUGAAAGCCUUGGUCCAAUAACGAUUAAGGAGAUGACUCAAGAGGAGGCCAUCAGGAUCAUUCAGAGAGCAGAGAGGGCACGACAAGGACGUCUGAGGGCUAAUUUUAUAGAAAGAACUAGAUAUAGGCCCAAGCACUUUCGAUCAGAUGACCGUGAAUCCGCUGCUAUCUACCUUCAGAAGAUGUGGAGGGGUGCCUUAGUGAGGAAGAAGAUAAAGAUUGCCCAAUAUGAGGAGAUGAUUUGGCUGGGAAUGAUUAUGGAUCCAAAACACCCGGUGCCAUGCCCAGCUGAGAUCGCUGUCCAAGCUACUGAGGCUUGCACUCGGAUCAAACAAAAAGAGUAUGAGGAAGCCUACCACAAGUCUGCAGAAGACAUCACAAACCAGCUGAGAAAAAGAGAGGGUCAUGACAUGAGCAACGCCCAGAAAAGUCCGAUUCGCCAGUGGUUUCAUAGAUGCCGUGAAUCUACAGGAGUGUUCCCAGAUUACCCAGAUGAAGAGGAAGGAGGCUCAGCCCUCAUUUUUACAAAAAUGCAUGCUGGGCAGUUAAUGGAAGAGAUUGCUGCAAAAGAAGAGUCCAACCAGAGAUCACAAUGGAAAGGAACUGUGGAGCACAAACAAAAAAAGGACAAGGGGAAGGAAACUGAGAAAGAGGAAGACGAUGGACUGAUAAUGCUCCCUUCUGCUUUUCUGUCCGAUUUGAUAUUGGCAAACAACAAUUACAUGGCUGUUUGGAAAGCCAGAAUUACGUCUGAAAACCUGAAUCAGAAGCUUGACGUUGAGCUGCUCAAAGAGGAAAAGAGAGACGUUCUGAAAGCAGAAAUCCAAGUGAAGGUAGAUGAGCAGAUGCGACAGGAGCUGGCUGAGCUGAAGCUAUCUGUGGAUAAAGACAAAGGCAUCAAAGCAAAAGCAAAUGACAAGAAGAAGAAAGGAUCCAAGAGUGGGAAGAAGAAGAAAAAAGAUAAAGAUCUGACGGCCGACAGGACUCUUGAGUCUCUUUGUCAGGAGCUGGUGAAGCAGGGCUUACUGAAACAGGCGAAGAACAUUCGGUUGCAGGAUUACUUGGGUGACUACAGUUACCUUGGCAGCACACUGAGGCAAAAUGACAUUGAACCAAUGCCCUCAUUAUCAGAUGUGAGACAAGUCUUGACUUUGUUUGCAGUUUUACCGUUAGGGUCUCAAGUGGUACACGAGAAGGCUCCACUGAUAAAGGCCAUGCUACUGGUUGGUCCAUCAGGGGUCGGCAAGAAGAUGCUGGUCCAUGCAGUUUGCCAGGAGACGGGUGCCACCCUGUUUGAUUUGUCCCCUCUGAAUACAGCUGGGAAGUACCCGGGAAAGAGCGGGCUUGCCUUGAUGCUUCAAAUGGUGUUUAAGGUUGCUAAACUGAUGCAACCUUCAGUGAUAUGGAUUGGAGACGCAGAGAAAAUGUUCUACAAAAAAGUUCCCAGAGAAGAAAAGGAGCUGGACCCUAAGCGGCUGAAAAAAGAUUUGCCCAAGUUGCUCAAGUUGAUCAAAGGAGAAGAUCGUAUCCUGAUAAUAGGAACAACUAAGGACCCCGCCAAUGCUGAUAUUAAGUUGUUGAGCAAAAUGUACACCAAGAUCGUCCUCAUCCCAAGGCCUGACUAUGGAUCGAGAUACAUUUUGUGGAAAAAACUGAUCAGAAACGAAGGAGGAGAGGUAACAGAAGCUUUGAAUCUCAGCUGCCUUGCCAAGAUAAGUGAUGGCUACACUUCAGGUCACAUUGUCCAGGCUGUCCAGAGUGUUGUUACCAAGGGACGCAUCCUGCUGCAGGGGAAGAGACCGCUGACUGCUGAUGAAUUUGUGACAUCAUUAGCCAAGAUUGACCCUGUGUUUCAGAAGGAGGAAGAGGCACUUAAGAAUUGGUACGCAAAAACUCCUCUUGGAAGAAAAAGAAUUAGAGCUGCCACUGGAAGAGAAGAAGAAGCACCACCACCUCAACUCAAAGCUGCAGAGAUGAAAGGGAAAAACUAACUUUGUUUUCAUGCUUUUCAAUAAAAUUCAGUUCAAAUGUG